AUGAGGAUUGAUUCAUCAUUUGUUCAGGGGAAAAUGAAGGAUAAGAUGGUGGGGAUUGCCAAGAAUGUAGAGAAAAUUGGGAGGGACGACCCAAGAAGAAUCGUACAUUCAGCUAAAGUGGGAGUAGCUCUUACGCUCAACUCUUUGUUCUAUUAUUACAAUCCUCUCUAUGAAGGGUUUGGGCAAUAUGGAAUCUGGGCUCUUUUGACUGUCAUGGCCGUCUUUGAAUUCACUGUUGGUGCCACCUUAUCCAAAGGCCUGAAUAGGGCUUCUGCAACUCUCUUAGCCGCUGCCAUGGGUGUUGGAGCUAAGUAUUUGGGUGACCUUUCUGGCGACAAAGCCGAACCUGUCGUUCUUGGAAUCCUUGUUUACAUCCUAGCUGCUAUAUUAUCAUUCACCAGAUUUUUUCCCGGUAUCAAGACUAAGUAUGACUAUGGAGUUGUCAUAUUCAUCCUCACCUUCAGUAUGGUAGCCGUCUCCGGCUACCGGACGGAGCAGAUUAUACAGUUUGCUCAUCAACGGCUGUCCACGGUGGCCAUCGGUGGCGUGACAUGCUUACUCAUUUCCGUGCUUGUAUGCCCUGCAUGGGCCGGAGAAGAUCUUCAGGACCUCAUUGCUGCAAAUAUUGAAAACCUUGGAAAAUCCUUAGAAGGGUUUGGAAGUGCAUAUUUUAGGGUUCUUGAAGGUGAAGGAGGUGGCAUGGAGGCAUUCCUUCAAGACUAUAAAUCUGCAUUCAAUUCUAAAGCCACUGAAGAUUCUUUGGCAGUUUUUGCAUGGUGGGAAUUUGGUCAUGGAAAGUUCACGUUUGGUCAUCCAUGGGAGGAAUACUUGAAAGUUGGAGGUCUUACCAGGGAAUGUGCUUCCCAUCUUCAAGCUCUCAGCAGCUACUUCAACACUACAGACGAUGAUGAGGCCACAUUAUUAACUUUUAAGAGCAAAAUUGAAGAGCCAUGCACAAGAAUGUGCUUCCAAUCCACCCACGCUUUGAAAGCUAUAUCAUUAACCAUCAAAACCAUGGAACAUCCGUCCCCGGCAAUCCAAGACCACCUACGAAACUCCCGAGCCGCCAUUAAUGAUCUCAAAGUCCUGAUUCGAAGCUCGUCAUUGUCGACGGAGCUGCUCUUCCAGAUCAUACCUUGCGCUGCCGUUACGUCUAUACUGAUCCACAUCGUUGAUUGCGUCGAUAAGAUCUCCAAAUCCGUCGAGGAUCUGUCGGAAAAAGCGGGUUUCAAGAAACCAAAGGAGAAAUCUCCCUCGCCGGCGCCGGAAGAGCAGCAGGAACCGCCGCAACAACAGUUGCUCCACAGCGGAACUAUAAGACCCGUUAGUGAAGAGAACAAGGUUGAAGUGGUGGCUAUUACCAUAGAUUAUACGCAUCAUCAAAAUUACGUGGAAUAA